AUGGAAUUGGGAUUAGGAGCCUUUGGGGUUAUGAAAAAAGUAUUUGAUAAAUAGCGAUCUAAAUCAGUAGCUAUAAAGGAAAUUAAGCUAAUUGAUUAAGGCGUUUCAAAUUCGACAAUGAGAGAAAUUUUGUAUAUUAUAAAUGUUAAAACAUCCAAAUAUUUUAAAGUAAUUUUGUAAUCCUAAUAAAGUUUGAUUGAGACAAAGUAUUUUAUUGAACAAUAGAAGAUAUUCCUUGUAUUCGAAUUGAUGCAAAUGAUCUCAGUAAAUACUUAAAUGAGGAUAAACCAAUAGUUUAAAUUGGAUAAAGCAAAUCAUAUAUUAAAUACUUUUUGGUUUACCCUAUUGCCAUGGUAAAAGAGUUUUACAUAGAGAUCUUAAACCACAAAAUAUUCUAUUAAAUGGAAUGACAAUAAAAAUUGCAAACUUCGGAAUGUCCAAAGUUUUUCCAAUUUAAAUGAAAAAAUCCUCAUCAGAAGUCUUUACUCUAUAGUAGAGUGCUCCAGAAAUUCUACUCGGAGAUGAUAAUG